AUGCUAAAUAGAGCACAAUAUUUAUCGUUAUUUUGGGUCUUACUUUGUUGGAACAAAUUAAACCGCCGCAACCUGAUACAGGAUAUAUUAGUAUCUUUUGAUACAUUACAAACUGCGAGAAAAAUUCUUUAUAAUUAUGGUAUUUUCAAUGCUACUUCUGAAAGAUGGGGAGAAAAUGUAGAAAAUAUGCUAGAGGUCUUAUCAAAAGUGCAAGAUCUAAAUAUUGAUUCAAAAAGAAAUUUGAAUUCUAGCAGAAAUGAUUUUGAGACGUUUAAUAAAGAAAUGAUUAUGUUAGUUAAUGAAGGGAUAGGUUUGAAUGACUUGAAGAAUUUUCAACAAUCGUUCGUUCCUUCGAAUAUAGACCUGCAUUUUAAUACUUUAACGUAUGAAAAUAUUGCAACAUUAAAUAAUAACGGACUGUCAUUCGAUGUCUUCAUGUAUGACGUCUGA